CACGCUCUGCAGUCCACUCUCUUAAACCCCUAACUCCGCCGCUUCACUUCCUCCUUCACACUCUCUAUACACAACCUCUCGCCGCUGUCUGCGGCGGAUAUUCCCAUUUCUCCAUCAAUCGUUUCUCGAAGCUUCUACCUUCCAUGGAGGCCACGGCGGCGUCAGAUGUCACCGAAGGACCAGUCCUCUGCGUCAUCAGCAGGCGUAUCCGUGCCCUUCGCAAGAAGCUAAACCGUAUUUCACAGAUGGAGGAUUCUCUCUCAAAAGGUAAAACGCUGAAUAAGGAGCAGGAGGAAACCCUACGCUCGAAGCCGGACGUCCUCGCCGGCAUCGAGGAGCUCCAGAAGAUUCGUCAGCCGCUCGCCGCCGCCGUCGAGGAGGAAAUCGCUCUCUCCGUUCAGCGGCAAAAGGCUACAUCGGAGACCUCCGUUGACGCCGCAGGGGAUGCGGAUUGCAAGGAUGAAGGUGAUAAGGCUGCCGAGAACGAUGCCGAUGAUAAGGCUGCCGAUAGCGAGAGAUUUCCGGUGAUUGAGGAUCUGCUUAGCGUGUUGUACUUUGGAAGCAUGUUUGAUGUGACUACCUUGCAGAACCACACGCAGGUGAUGUAUUCCAAGGCCCUCGAGAGAGGCAGUUGCUUGUCCUACGAUUGCAUGAAGGACGACGAUUCUGCAGAUCUGCUCGAGGAGAAGGACUUGGACUUGAUUUCGAUGCUCAGCGGACUUCUCAUUUCCCGACCUGUAACCUCCUCGUUACCACACAAGAACGCACUUGAAAGAUGCAUCGAGCACGCUAAGCUCUGGCUUGAAAACUCUGAUCAGCCAAUCGAACCCAAUUCCGAUAUUACUUAUGCUGGCUUGAGAUCGAAGCUGAACAAGAUUUUAGCCUCACAGUAUUUAACUGCCGCACCAGUUAUGAAUUAUGGGACUUAUCAGGUCCCAGUGCAAGAAUCUAUUCCACCUGUCAAUGUGCAAGUGCAGGCUGAGGAUGCUGAAGUACAGUACCAGCAGAAGGAAGAAUCAAUAAGUUCUCAUGAAAAUGAAGCUAAUGAUAGUAACCCUGUUGAAGAAUUUCAUCAGGAGGAGGAAGAUAUAUCUGGAUUGAUUGCUGAAGCUGAAGCAGUUCAUCCUGAGGAAGGAGCAGAGGAUCCUAAUGACAUGAAAGAGCAACAUGUUUCUCGAGGAUCCUAUCAUAACUACAGGGGUAACCGUGGUGGUGGACGUAGGGGAAAUUUCAAUGGUCGCGGUGGGCGUGGCAGGGGUGGGACCUACCAGAAUGGUCACAACCAAUAUCAUGACCACCCGGGUAACUACCGGUCGAGGAAUUCUAACUAUAGGGGAAGGGGCGGAAGAGGUGGAAGGGGUGGUUAUUACAAUAACCAAGGUUAUGGAGGCCAAGCUGGCAACUACAAUGCAGAUUCUUAACGUUUGCUUUACUGUUCAUAAACAUAUUUGGAAGUAGUCUUCUUUUGAGAGGUGGUGAAAGUUUUCUUUGUUGCAUGGGACGCAUUGAUGUGGGUUCCUGUUCACAUUUCUACCACCCAGGAUGUUUUUAUUUUUUGUUGCAUUAGUUGAACAAACAGUGUUUAUUCAGAAAACAUUGGGCGGAAAAUAGAUUUUGUCGGAGCUUCUUUUUACUUUAUUGUCUAAAUCUGAUCUUAGAGGUUUUGAAACAGUUAAACUAUGAUGGUUGUUCGAAACUUUAGUUUCCAGCAUUUCCUUUUC